AUGUCCCUCCCCACAGACGCCUCCCUCACCCGCCCCCCGCCGCGUCCCUUCCGUCCCACCGACGCUCCCUCGGCCCCCUCAGACGAGGCCACAGACCCGACCCCAUCCCCAAUCUACACCCUCCUCCCCGUUCCCUCCAACUCCUCCUCCUCGGCCUCAAACACAUCCGCCCCCUGCUCCCGCCGCCCGCUCCGCCUCGGCCCCGCGCGCCUGCACAAGAAACCCUCCCCAUCAUCUGCCUCCGAGGCCCCAGCCGUCGCGGCCGUCGCAAUCGCCGCCGCCGCCGCAGGGACGCCCACCUCCGACGGCCCCCGCGACUACGCCUCCCUCAUCCCCCCAGCCCCCGGCGUCACCCCGCGCCCGGAGCCGAACCUCGCCGAGAUGGGCUACUACCAGACCACCUACUGGUCCUGCGCGACACGCGGCACGUCGAGCCACUGCGGCUGGCACCGACCCAUCAUGGUCGCGCCCGCCAACGCCGCCGUCAACGCCGCCGCUGCCGCUGCGCCGACGAACUUCGGGCUCGGUGCCGCGGCGGUCGCUGGUCUGGUCGGAAUCCUCAUCGCCGGAUGA